AUGAGUAAUUUACCUUGGUUAACAAUAAUUGUUAUUUUGCCCAUAUCUGCGGGGUUAUUAAUCCCAUUAUUUCCCCAUAAAGGAAAUAAAAUGAUUCGAUGGUAUACUCUAGGUAUUUGCUUAUUAGAUCUUCUUUUAAUGACCUAUAUAUUCCGUUAUCAUUAUCAUUUUGAUAAUUCAUUAAUCCAAUUGGAGGAGGAUUAUAACUGGAUAAAUCUUAUCCAUUUUCAUUGGAAACUGGGAAUUGAUGGAUUUUCCAUUGGACUUAUUUUAUUAACGGGAUUUGUAACUACUUUAGCUACUUUAGCUGCUUGGCCAGUUACUCGGAAUCCGCGAUUAUUGCAUUUCUUGAUGUUGGCAAUGUACAGUGGCCAAUUGGGGUUAUUUGCUUCUCGAGAUAUUCUACUUUUCUUUCUCAUGUGGGAGUUGGAACUAAUUCCUGUUUACCUACUUUUAUCCAUGUGGGGGGGGAAAAGACGUCUAUAUUCGGCCACAAAAUUUCUUUUGUAUACUGCCGGUGGUUCCAUUUUUAUCUUAAUGGGAGCUUUAAGUAUGGGUCUCUACGGAUCUCAUGGACCAACCUUCGAUUUUGAAUUAUUAGCUAAAAAAGAUUAUCCCAUCACACUUGAAAUACUAUUAUAUUUAGGGUUUUUGAUCGCUUAUGCAAUAAAAUUGCCAAUCUUCCCUUUACAUACCUGGUUACCAGAUACUCAUGGGGAAGCACAUUAUAGUACAUGUAUGCUUUUGGCCGGAGUUCUAUUGAAAAUGGGGGGAUAUGGGUUGAUUCGGAUCAAUAUGGAAUUGCUACCUCAUGCUCAUUCUUUGUUUUCGCCAUGGUUGAUAAUAAUAGGAGCAGUGCAAAUUAUCUAUGCAGCUCUAACUUCUAUGGGUCAACGCAAUUUGAAAAGAAGGAUAGCCUAUUCAUCAAUAUCUCAUAUGGGUUUUGUAAUUAUAGGAAUUGGUUCCAUGACAUAUACAGGUCUAAAUGGAGCCAUUUUGCAAAUGAUUUCUCAUGGAUUAAUUGGUGCUGCACUUUUUUUCUUGGUAGGAACAAGUUAUGAUAGGAUACGUACUCUUUUCCUUGAUGAAAUGGGAGGAAUCGCUAUACCAAUUCCUAAAAUCUUUACUAUGUUCAGUAGCUUUUCAAUGGCUUCUCUUGCAUUGCCAGGAAUGAGUGGUUUUGUAGCAGAAUUUAUGAUAUUUUUGGGCGUAAUUACUAAUCAUAAAUAUUCUUCGACCUUUCGGAUCAUUAUUACUGCAAUAGCGGCAAUUGGAAUGAUAUUAACUCCCAUUUAUUUGUUAUCUAUGUUACGUCGAAUGUUCUAUGGAUAUAAGGUUUUGAAUGUCCCGAAUCCUUAUUUUAAGGAUUCGGGACCACGCGAACUUUUUAUUUUGAUCUGUCUCUUUCUACCAAUCAUAGGUAUUGGUCUUUACCCCGAUCUAGUUCUAUUUUUAUAUAAUGCUAAGGUAGAAGCUAUUUUCUCUCAAUCUUUCUAUUAA